UUUUCCGGGCAGGGUCCAUUACUCUCUAGGUAUAUCAAGGUGUUGUUUUUAAAUGAAUUUCGGUUGGAUUUUUGGGAAAGGAAAAAGUCAAGAAGGAACCUUGAAUGUGAAACAAAGUGAAAUAGAUACUAGUCUUAUCGAAUUAACAACCUUGUGCUGAACAAAUCAUGGAACAGUCUCAGCUAGAUCCUCUGCCGAGCGAUCUACCAUUCAGAAUUAUAUCAAGAACAAUAGGAAGAGGCGCAUAUGCAUCUGUCAAGAAAGCCAUCCCUCUAGAUUCAGAUACCCCCGUGUUUGCUGUCAAGUUGAUACAUAAGGGCUAUGCACUCAAAAAUGGCCGCAUCUCCGCCAAGCAGAUUGCCAUGGAGGUAUCGCUGCAUUCUCAUAUAGGUCAACAUCCCAACGUCAUCGAAUGGUUCGCCACGGGCGAGGACCAUGUCUGGCGGUGGAUAGCCAUGGAAUAUGCCGAAGGAGGCGAUCUGUUCGACAAGAUUGAAGCCGAUGUAGGCGUCACCGAAGAUAUUGCACAUCUCUACUUCAUUCAACUCGUCAGUGGCGUGAGCUUCAUGCACUCCAAGGGCGUAGCACAUCGCGACCUAAAGCCAGAAAAUGUUCUCAUGUCGGAAAGCGGCAAUCUGAAGUUGGCAGAUUUUGGUCUAGCGACCAUGUUUGAGUACAAGGGCCAGAAGAAGUUGAGUGGUACCAUGUGCGGCAGUCCUCCUUAUAUUGCCCCCGAAGUUCUCGCCUGUGCCAGGAGAUCGAGUGAAGUAGUCAAAUAUGCCCCUGAGCUGGUAGACAUAUGGUCGUGCGGUGUUAUACUGUUUGUGUUACUCGUUGGCAACACACCAUGGGAAGAACCAACGGCACAAAGUUGGGAGUUUCAAGAAUACAGGAAGACGAACGGCCGCAGUUCCGACAGCCUCUGGCAAAGGAUUCCUCCCGAUGCACUCUCAUUACUUAGGGGUAUGAUGAGUAUUGACCCUAGAAAACGAUUCUCUUUUGCCCAGAUUCGGCAGCAUCCUUGGUAUACCCGAAAUAACAAGCUCCUUUCGGCCAAUGGCCAGAUAUCCGAUCCAAUACAUGUAGCAACCAAGAUGCUUGAAAAUCUCCAUAUCGACUUCAGCCAAAAACCUCCCGCUUCCCAACGACCAUCGCAACCAUCUCAAGAUGCGAUGGAUAUCGAUGAAGGCCAGUCUAAUCACGCUCGGAUGGCCUUGAGCCAACCGGAAACCCCUAUUAACGACGUCCUCUUUGACUGGGAAAGGCCAGCGCGCCCUGUCGGAAUGAACGCCAUCUCCUCAACACAACCUAUAUCGAGGGCUGACGCAUCCCUUCCACCCCAUGCCACACAGUCAUCUACUUUCUUCGACGCUCUUGCCGAAGAGCCGUCAAUGAGCCAGUUUUCGCAAACUCCCUCGGUUCCCAUGACAUUGACACAACGUGCAAGGAAAUUCAGAGAUAUCGUACCAGCGCAUUCUUUCACACGCUUCUUCUCACACAUGCCUCCGCAGCUACUCGUGCAGAUGUUGAGCGACGCUCUGCAUAACCUAAACGUCCCGUUACCAUCAGCACUUCCUCCCAUCGGCCAGGGAGACCAUGUGGCCACGUUCAGGGUCAGGACUAUCGACGACCGCAAGCAAGGAUUACAUGGAGAGAUUCUACUUGAUAAAUACUAUCUUCCCGAAUCACAGGAGCUCCUUGAGGUUCGCUUCGUCAAACUUAAGGGAGACCCCCUAGAGUGGAGACGGUUCUUCAAGAAAGUCGUGCUGUUAUGCAAGGAUGGCGUGUUCAAGCCUGAUACUUAGAGAGCCAGGCAUCGUUGUAAUGUCGUAGCUGAUGGGACGACGAAUCAGGAAGUAUAAUGGGUAUACAGGCAGCGCUUCUAUGAUAUGAUAGAAACGGGGAUUAUCAUUGAUGAAAGGGGACUUGCUACGUAGUAUAGAGAACUACUUGCCGUCGACGCAAGAGUUCCGCACAGUCUACGGCAAUGGCAAUAAGACGUGCUUCAUAAGGGAGAUUGAUUUAUUUGCUCUAAUCUACGC